AAAACAUGUGAUGAUAAUAAUUUAAAUAAUCAAAUAUCUGAUAUAAAUAACAAUACAAACAAAACAAAUAGGAAAUAUCGGAAUAGUGAUGAAAUAAUAAUACCAAAUAUUAAUAUAAAUUUAAAUAAUAAUAAUAAUAAUAAUAAUAAUAUUUAUAAUAAUAAUUAUAUUGGCAAUUUUAAUAAUUACGAACUUAACAAUGUAAAUAAUGUAAAGGAUAAUGGCGAUCAAGAAGAUGAUGAUGAAGAAGAUAUAGAUGAAGAUUAUGAAGAAGAAAUUGAUUCUUAUUAUACUAGUGGGAACACAACUAGUAGUAAUUCGAGUAGUAGUGGUGGUAGUAGUGGUGAUAAUUCACCAAUCCCAAUAACCAACUCAUUUAUAAACCACGCUCUAACUACCAACAACUAUAAAAACAACUAUAAUGGUUUAUUUAUGCCAACAAACACUACCAACCCAACAAACAAUAGUAUUUUAAACAAUAAUAUUUUAUUUGACCAACUUUCAAAUUAUAACCUAAACAAUGGGAAUAACAAUCAAAACAAUAAUAUUAUAUUUGGUUUAAAAAGUUCACAAAUAUCUAAUAAUCAUAAUUACUUAAAUAAUAAUAACUAUAACCAUAGUAAUAACAAUAUUAAAUGUAAUUUUAAUAGUAUUAAUAGUAUUAAUAGUAUUAACAAAAAUAAUAAUAUAAACAUAAUAAAAAGCUACAAUUUGGACGAUAAGUUAAAAUGUCGACAUAAUCAAUGCCCAUAUACAAAGAAUUUUUCGACUAUUAAAACAAGAAAUCGUCAUGAAAAAAAAACAAAGCAUUUGUGUAAUAGCGAUGUUGAUUGUUUUGGUUGCAUUAAAUGGAAAGGACCACCUCAAAUUCAAUCUGAAGAUCAAAUUAAAGAUCCCAAAAGAAAGAAAUGUAUACACAACGGCUGCACUUUUUAUGCAAUUAAAAAAAACUAUGGACACCACUUAAGAUGUUGCCAUCACGUUGAACAUAAAAACUCUAUUAGCAAAGUAGGCAGGCAAACUAUAUUUGAUCCAACAUGCCUUGGUUGCAAAUGGGUAAUGCAAAUGGAUGAAAUUAAUAAAUUAAGAUUUAACCCAAACAAACCCAAUCCAUCAAAUGAAAAUACUCCUAUUUUCCACACUCAACCCAAUCCAAAGUUAAUAAACUCUUCAAAUUUAUUUAAAAAACAUAAAAAAAAUACAAAUAAUAUUUUCAAUUACAACAACAGCAACAACAACAACAUUAACAACAAUAACAACAAUACCAUCAAUAAUAAUAAAUCAAAUAACAAUAGUGAUGAAGAUGAUGAAGAUGACUACAACUAUGAAGAUUUUGAUUAUUAUAAUGGGAUGGAUGCUGAUGACAAUUAUGACGAUGAUUGUUAA